AUGGAAGGUAGACACAUAUCGGUGAUAAAGCAACUCUAUGGGUUGUAUUGGCUGGAUGUUUGGAAGAUCUCUCUGCAGCUAUGGUCUGAAGUGAAGGGCAUGUAUCACGUACUUCAGCAGAACUUGUGGAUUAUCACCUUGUUCCCUUUCUUCGCGGCCUCCAAUUGGUUUUACAUGUACCAAACAAAUGACUUCAACGUUCCUAACUUUGCAUCAAGGACCCGUUCAUUCAAUUGGCACUGGUCCAUGUUCUUCAAUAUGGUUGGUGUCUGGACCAUGGGCACAUUUCUCGACUUUCCAUUCAAGUCGAAACACGUGGGCAGAGCAACACGUGCAAAGACUGGAAUUGUGUACGUGCUUGUAGUGACGCUCGCGAUGUGGGGUGGAGGUUGGGUCUUUGUCAAAGAUGCAGUGAGAGGAGUUAGUCCGGAUCCACUCAUCGGUGUACCCGAGUCAGCACGCUACUUCCCCUAUCUCGCCAUCUACAUCUUCUACGCAUUCUACGAUGGAUGUUUCCAAGCCUACGCAUACUAG